AUGUCGUCAUCAUCAUCAUCCAAAGCAAGUGCUGGAGCAACAUUGGUCAUACCCAAUCGUUCAACAUCCUUACAUAUUAAACACCAUCAACAGCAACUAUCAUCCGCCACGCUUCAAGUACCCAGCACCCAUCAUGAUGUUCGCCCUGGAUGGACCUUACUACGCACCCAUUCUGCAAAGAGCCUUGAUACAUUACUCUCCGAUCUAGAUCGCCAGCGUGAACAGUGUGAAAAGCAAGAUGAAGGAAAAUCUAAAAAGGCAUCAUCUGUGCAUAAGCUAAGCCAAACAUUGCCAAAGAUCUUUUCAAGGAAUUCAAUGGCCCAAUACUAUAAUCGAGCAAAGAACGCAUCGAUGCGUGGCAAACGACCUCCAUUACCAACCGAUCCAUCUUCCCAGAAACCUGGUACUUGUACGACCAAGCUAUAUAAACAUGAUGGCACACAUCAGGAAAGAACAAAAGUGGUGGAGCAUCAAAACAACAACGGUCCUUACCACGUGGAGCCAUCAUCAAUGCUUUUACCACCAUCAAGUCGAAUUCAGCGAGCAGAUUCUCGUGUAGAGAUCCAUCAAGCCACAAUUCAUGUACAACCAUCAACAGCGUCUAUUGAAUUGGUCUCCCAUCACCAAGGCGACUUGCAAGAGGGCUUGGAUUAUUUCGAAAAGCGAGACAUGAUCCAUGCGACUACAGCAUUUAAGCAUGCUUCUGACAGCCAAGUACCUGUGGGAAUGUUAUUAUAUGGCUUAGCAUUGUAUCACGGAUGGGGGUGUGAAGCAUGUAUGCCACGUGGUGUAAAGUAUGUGCAGCAAGCCAUUGAAUAUCAUGUCGACAUCAAGUGUCUCACCUCCACGAGUACUAUCAUGCGUGCCAAGGUUGCCAUGGCGAUGCAAGCAUUGGGUAUUCUUUUCCGAGCUGGUGGGGGUCAAUUUUCUAAACAAACGGAUACUGCAAACGCAUUGUUUAAGAUGGCUCAACAACUUGAUCCUACACAGGAUACUCCUCCUCCUCCUCAACAUCCUCGUCGACGUAACAUUCGUCAAAGCUUGGGAAGUAGUAGUAGCAGUAGUGAUGCCUUGCGACUGGGUUGUCGUGGCGAUAGUCAUCAUCAUUAUCCUAUUACUCGUCGCAUGAGUAUAUGA